CCCGCGCUGGGGACGGGAUCGCCCCGCCGCCGACCCGAGCGGCAGCCGCGGCCGGGAGCGGAGCGGGCGCCACGCGGAUCUGCAGAAGUCCCUCUCCUCCUUCCUCUUCCUCCUCGCCCUGCGCCCGCAGCAUGUCCCGGCGCGAAGCGGCGGCCGCCCCCGGCCUCUGCCUGCUGCUGCUGCUGCUGCUCCGCAGUGGGGGGCUCUUCCCCGCCGCCGCCGCGCAGCCGCCGCCGCCGCAGCGCGGGAGCGUGUGGUGCCCCAGCCGCUGCCUCUGCUUCCGCACCACGGUGCGCUGCAUGCAUCUGAUGCUGGAGAGCGUCCCCGCCGUGUCCCCCCAGACCACCAUCCUAGACCUACGAUUUAAUAGGAUUAAAGAAAUCCAGCCUGGAGAGUUUAGACGGCUUAAAAACCUGAACACACUGCUUCUUAACAACAAUCAAAUCAAAAGAAUUCCUAGUGGGGCAUUUGAAGAUCUUGAAAAUCUGAAAUAUCUCUAUUUGUACAAGAAUGAAAUCCAGUCAAUUGACAGGCAAGCAUUUAAAGGACUUGCCUCUCUAGAACAACUGUAUCUGCACUUUAAUCAAAUAGAAACGUUGGAACCUGAAUCCUUUACUCAUCUUCCAAAACUUGAAAGGCUGUUUUUGCAUAACAACAGAAUAGCUCAUUUGAUUCCUGGAACAUUUAGUCACUUAGAAUCUAUGAAGAGACUGCGUUUGGACUCCAACGCUCUUCACUGUGACUGUGAAAUCCUGUGGCUGGCGGAGCUGCUGAAGACGUACGCGGAGUCUGGCAAUGCUCAGGCAGCAGCUACCUGUGAGUAUCCACGGAGGAUCCAGGGAAGAUCAGUGGCCACAAUAACACCAGAAGAACUGAACUGUGAGAGGCCAAGAAUUACAUCAGAGCCUCAGGAUGUGGACGUUACCUCAGGGAAUACAGUGUACUUCACUUGCAGGGCUGAAGGCAAUCCUAAACCAGAAAUUAUCUGGCUUAGAAACAAUAAUGAGCUCAGUAUGAAAGAAGAUUCCCGUCUAAACUUGCUAGAUGAUGGAACAUUGAUGAUUCAGAAUACUCAAGAAACAGACCAAGGCAUUUACCAAUGCAUGGCAAAAAAUGUGGCUGGAGAAGUGAAAACUCAGGAAGUUACUCUUAGAUACUUUGAGUCACCAGCCCGGCCAAGUUUUGUGAUUCACCCACAAAAUACCGAAGUGCUGGUUGGGGAGAGUGUUACCUUGGAGUGCAGUGCAACCGGGCAUCCUCAGCCACGAAUUACCUGGACCAAAGGCGACAGAACCCCUCUCCCAAAUGAUCCUCGUGUCACAAUAACUCCAUCAGGAGGACUUUAUAUACAAAAUGUAAAGCAGGAAGACAGUGGCGAGUACACCUGUUUUGCAACUAACAGCAUAGAUAACAUCCAUGCGACUGCAUACAUCAUUGUCCAAGCUCUACCUCAGUUUACUGUCACUCCACAAGACAAAACAGUGAUUGAGGGACAAACAGUUGAUUUCCCUUGUGAAGCACAAGGUUAUCCCCAGCCCGUUAUUGCCUGGACUAAAGGAGGAGGCCAGCUGUCUGUUGACAGAAGACACUUAGUUCUAUCCUCGGGAACACUGAGGAUUUCCAGGGUUGCCCUGCAUGACCAAGGACAGUACGAAUGCCAAGCUGUCAACAUUAUUGGAUCUCAGCGAAUCGUUGUAUACCUGACUGUGCAGCCUAGAGUGACUCCUGUAUUUGCCAGUGUUCCCAGUGACAUGACAGUGGAGGUUGGCACAAACGUGCAGAUCCCAUGCAGUGCUCAAGGAGAGCCGGAGCCAGUCAUUACAUGGAACAAGGAUGGAGUACAGGUAACUGAGAGUGGAAAAUUCCAUGUUAGUCCAGAGGGAUUUCUCACCAUUCGUGAUGUGGGCACAGCUGAUGAAGGUCGCUAUGAAUGUGUUGCCCGCAACACCAUCGGAUACUCCUCUGUUAGUAUGGUGCUCAGUGUAAAUGUUCCUAAUGUCAGCCGAAAUGGAGAUCCUUUUGUACAAACGUCAAUUGUGGAAGCAAUUGCAACUGUUGACAGAGCAAUAAAUUCAACACGUACACAUCUUUUUGACAGUCGUCCUCGUUCUCCAAAUGAUUUGCUAGCCUUAUUUCGGUACCCAAGGGACCCGUACACUGUUGAGCAAGCAAGAGCUGGGGAAAUAUUUGAAAGGACCUUACAGCUUAUUCAAGAUCAUGUACAGGAUGGUCUAAUGGUUGACCUGAAUGGAACAAGUUAUCACUAUAAUGACCUUGUAUCCCCACAGUACUUGAAUCUGAUAGCCAAUCUCUCAGGCUGUACAGCCCAUCGACGAGUGAACAACUGCUCAGAUAUGUGCUUCCACCAGAAGUACAGGACGCACGAUGGAACGUGCAACAACCUCCAGCAUCCCAUGUGGGGCGCUUCUCUGACGGCUUUUGAACGUCUGUUAAAGUCAGUCUAUGAAAAUGGAUUUAAUUUGCCUCGGGGAAUUGAACCCAGAAGACUCUCCAAUGGCUACGCACUCCCAAUGCCUCGCUUGGUUUCUACUACUCUGAUCGGGACGGAAACCGUGACUCCUGACGACCAGUACACUCACAUGCUCAUGCAGUGGGGUCAGUUUCUUGACCAUGACCUUGACCUCACCGUGGCUGCGCUAAGUGAGGCCAGGUUUUCAGAUGGUCAGCAUUGCAGUUCUGUUUGUACGAAUGAUCCUCCAUGCUUUUCCAUCAUGAUACCACCAAAUGAUCCCAGAGUUAGAAAUGGUGCACGCUGCAUGUUUUUCGUACGCUCCAGCCCAGUUUGUGGAAGCGGCAUGACAUCUCUCCUGAUGAAUUCUGUGUACCCACGAGAACAGAUCAACCAGCUGACUUCAUACAUUGACGCGUCCAAUGUGUAUGGCAGCUCAGACCACGAAGCACUAGAAAUCAGAGACUUGGCGAGUCAGAGGGGUCUUCUGAGGCAGGGCAUUGUACAGAGAUCUGGCAAGCCUCUUCUUCCAUUUGCCACUGGCCCACCAACAGAAUGUAUGAGAGAUGAAAAUGAGAGCCCAAUACCCUGCUUUUUAGCUGGUGAUCAGCGCUCUAACGAACAGUUGGGUCUUACCAGCAUCCACACGUUGUGGUUUAGAGAACACAACAGAAUUGCCACAGAGCUACUGAAACUCAAUCCACACUGGGACGGUGACACAAUAUAUCAUGAAACACGCAAAAUUGUUGGUGCAGAAAUGCAACACAUAACAUUUAGCCACUGGCUCCCUAAGAUCUUUGGAGAGGUAGGCAUGAAGAUGCUUGGCGAAUAUAAGGGUUAUGAUCCCAGUGUUAAUUCUGGCAUAACUAAUGAGUUUGCAACUGCCGCUUUUAGGUUUGGUCACACACUCAUUAAUCCUUUUCUGUAUCGACUGGAUGAAAACUUUGAACCUAUUCCACAAGGUCAUCUACCUCUUCAUAAGGCAUUCUUCUCUCCAUUUCGGAUUGUAAAUGAAGGAGGCAUUGAUCCACUUCUAAGGGGAUUUUUUGGUGUUGCUGGUAAGAUGCGUGUCCCGUCACAAUUACUCAAUACAGAAUUAACAGAAAGACUCUUCUCCAUGGCACGUACUGUGGCUUUAGAUCUGGCAGCUAUGAAUAUUCAGAGAGGCAGAGAUCAUGGAAUUCCUCCCUACCAUGAUUUUAGAGUUUACUGUAAUCUUUCUUCAGCUCAGACUUUUGAAGAUCUGAAAAAUGAAAUUAAGAAUCCUGAAAUCAGGGAGAAACUUAGCAGGUUAUAUGGCUCCCCACUGAACAUAGACUUAUUUCCUGCUCUAAUGGUGGAAGACUUAGUUCCAGGGAGUCGUCUGGGGCCAACUUUGAUGUGUCUGCUAAGCACACAGUUCAGGCGUAUUCGGGAUGGAGACAGGUUAUGGUAUGAAAACCCGGGUGUGUUCACGCCUGCUCAGCUCACUCAGAUCAAGCAGACAUCUCUUGCCAGAGUUUUGUGUGACAAUGGGGACAACAUAACCAGGGUACAGCAUGAUGUCUUUAAGGUGGCUGAAUUCCCACAUGGAUAUAGUAGCUGUGAAGAUAUUCCUAAACUGGAUCUCAGGAUGUGGCAAGAUUGCUGUGAAGGAUUUAUUUAGCUGCAUGGAGCACAGGACACUGCUUGGUGGCCUGUAUGUUGGCUUCUGUCUCACAGAUUUUCUGCAUGGCCUCUCUUCAGCCAUCAUCACAUCAGAAUUCACUGCAGCUGUAACACAGUUAGGAUCCAUUCCCAAGAGAAUCUUCUGGAUCAUGCAGAAUGAUUUUCAGUAGCAUCAACAACAAAAUGCUUCAGAGGACAAUGACCUCUCUUUCUUGAGAUCUCCUUGACAAUGUCGUUAUCAUUUCCUUUGGACAAAAUUCAAAUGACAUGCCCAGGCUGUAAAAGUAUAUUCAGGAAUUUUGGGAACUAUGCUCUUGAAAUCUGACUUGAGAAAUUGCUGUCAAACAAAUUCCUAGUAUGAAAAGCUUUGCUCUUAUUUGAGAGGAUAAGGGUAGUAUUGGUUGAUAUUAUUAGAAUCUUAUAAUUUCCCUGAUACAUUUAAAUACUAAUAUCUUGUAGAAUUGCUGAUGAAAGGUAUCCGGAUCUGUGUUCUUCAUCUUUUCUACUGCUGAUUCUCUUGAGUUUACUACUGCUGAGUAGGCUAUUCAAUAUUCUGUUGGAGGAAAUACAUGAAUAAAGAACUGGUGGAUUUUAUUUUUGAGAGAAGUCACAAUCUUCUACUAAUGUCUUGUCUAUUUAACUCUUUUGGUAAGAUACAGUUGUCCACAAUGACAAAGUUCUUUUUUGAUACAGCUCAGAAUUUAAGGCAGAAUGUAAAAGUUAAACUGAUGGAGGGCUCUUCAGUCUGCUACAGAUACAGGAGGAGGGAUUUAUACUGGUGUCACUGUGUGAUGAGAAUAAAUUCAGUUUCAUUAACAAUUAAAAAAGUAGAUAAAUAUUUACUAUUCAAAGCUACUGCAUAACUUAGCUUUUAAACUGAUUACUAUAUUGUCUCAUCUAGUAAACAAGUCUUUAUAAAAAUAACUCUCUAAGAAAAUUCUUCCUUGGAAGACUGUUCAAAAUGUCAGUUAUCAGUGUAAGACUAACAGAAAUAAAUACUUUAAAUUUCCAUAAGAUCUUGUACAGUAUUUCCCAUAUACAGUAUCUUUCAGGCCUUACUCUAAUUUUUACAGCCUUUUUUUUUUAUUGGUAGGUUAGUUGGGUUUUUUUAAACAAUGUUUAUCAUGUUUGCUAUUCCCAAAUUUACCAUAAUAGUUUCUAAAAAAGCUAGGUAUGGUUGACACAUUGUAAUUUUAAUACAAAGUCUCCAGAAUCUCUUCAAAAAUUCCCUGACAUAUUCCAGAAACAUCGAGAGAAAAAUCAAUUAUCACUCUUUAAAUGCUUUACCAUAAAUAAAGCACAUUCUUCCAGUUCAGAAUAAGUUCAUUUUGCCAUCGUUCAUGAAGCUUGACAGACAGUUUUGCAAAUAUAUUUUUUAUAUUGGUUUGAAAAAAUGGUAAAGCUGUUCUGAGAAAUUAUAUGUUGAUUCUCUAAAUGUUUUGUUAUCACUGAGCCCUUUAGAACAGAUGUUAUCUUUGGAAAGUCUUUAGGGUAUUCUUGUGUUCAACAACCCAGUUUGUAUUUUCAUUCAAGAAAAUUGCUACCAGAGAGUGCCCCUGGAUGCAGUACAGUCAGACAACUGUCAAGCAAAAGAAAGGGUGAAUAACUACUCUUUUGUAAAAAAUUGCCUAUUGUGUUCCCUUUUCCUGAACUCCUGAAGCCUUGCAGGGGUUAAUGAAGAGAAACUGAAGUGCACAUGGCUUCAACUGCUUUCUUGCCUGACUGAUGAAUGACUGUGAUGUUUUCUGUGGGAAUCCAGUUUAAGCAACCACUCCUCUGAGGUGGGGCAUACACUUAGGAACAGCACUUUGAGUUGAAUACAUUAGGGGGUUUGUUUAUUUGAAUUUAUUAUUGUUAAUUAUCUAGAAGAGAAAAAAAGUUAAACCCUUCUCCAUGUUUAAAAUGCUUCUGAUGAUUUAAUAGUUAAAAUUAUCUUAAGUUUAAGUUUUGAGUACAGAAUAUUGCUCAUUGCACUUUAUGUAUGUUUCAUAAGUGACUCACGUGUUCAGCUGUUUCAUCUUGGUUAAAAACACAUCUGGUUUUGUUGUCCUUCCUGUUUUGUUUUUAGUCAAAAGUCAAAAUACUUUUCCAUAUGAAGAAUAGAAAAAAUUCUUAGUUACAAAAAUCUGCCUUGUAGAUUUCUUGAGUAAAGCUAGUAUUUGCUUCUAACCAAGCAAAGCAUUAUUCCUGUCUAUAAUAAAAAAAGGUUACCUUUAGAUUUCAGUUGGUACAUCAUACAAAGGGAUUACUAGUCUAUGAUGACAAAAAGUUCUACUAAAGUGCACAAGUUUUCUUCUGUUUUCCUUCACUUUCUACCUUUCUUUGUCUUGUCAGAGAUGAUGAGUAAUUGCUGGACAUGGUGCAGCUCUUUAUUUCUGGAAAGAGCACUUGAGCUUCAGUUUUUCCAAAUGAGAAACUUUUGGUGCUUUAUGUCAGGCUCUCUAGUACAAAAAGUGUAUUUUGAGGUUUAUUUUUUUAAGUAAUCAGCAUAAGCUUUCAUGAUUAUUCAGAUGCGAGCCUUUAAAAGUUUUACUUUUUUUGGUUUUCUUUUUUUUUGGGGGAUUUUUGUAAGUUGAAAUAAAGAAUUUCUUUAACCUUUUGUUUUAUGUCAAAACCCAUGAGGUUUUCACAUGGACCCAGGAGGACAAUGGACAAUGACCAUGGAGGAAGUGAUUCAGAUAAGAUGCAAGUUAUCCUUAUAAGUGUAAACUGAAUUAGAAAGAGUUUUUAACUAUUUCUCAGUUAGUAAACAGCAUAUCUCAUCUGUCAGAUAUUGUUCUUUUUCUUUGUUUACUGUAGGAAUACAACCUUAUACACAUUAUGAUCGAGUGUUUAAAUCCCACUGAAAUUCAUUAGAAGAAUUUAGACACAUGCUUAAUCUGAAAGCUUUCAUACAUGGUUUUUAAGUAGAUUAGACCUAUAUUUAUGAACUCCUGUAUUUUAAGACCAGAGGAACAAUUAUGCUGUCUAUUGCUUCUCUACUGACAACAUUAAUCUCUUACUAUGCACUUCUCAUUACGUCCUUUAAUCUUCAGCGAGAAUACUAAACAGCACUGGGCUAAGCACUAAAUUCUGUGGAAUAGAGUGGAAAUAACAUUUUAAAAUGUUAUCAGAAAUCUCUGUGUGAGACUGGAAGUUCUUUUUUGAUAAAGAAUAUUGUUCACCAAAAGCUCCUCAAAAUACCAAAAUGAUGUGAUUUAUGCCUGGAAAGGUUUUGUCUUUACACAGAACUUGUGUGCUUGUUGAAAUGAGAUUUUCUAAAGAUGUGGUCAUGGCUUCCAUAUACAAAUGAAGAUGCCCAUUUCUUUAUGGGAAGGAUUGUUAUACAUUGGAACAGUCUGCCCAGGGAGUGAUGGGGGCAUCAUCAUCCCUGGAAAUGUUCAAGAAAUGACUGGAUAUGGCGUUUAGUGCCAUGGUCUAGCUGACAAGGUGAUGGUUGGUCAAAGGCUGGAUCUGAUGAUAUCAGGGAUCUUUUCCAAUAUAAACGAUUCUGUUAUUCUGUGUGAUUCUGUAAAUGGAUCACCUUGGCUCUUGCAGUGUAACAGUAGCUAGCUUCUGGAAGAAAAAAAACUGUCCAUAGAGAAGAGUUAUUCUUAGGUUGCUUUUACACCUUCACUUUUUCUGCAGAAAAAUAAUUGGAAUGGGUACAGCUAAUUUGGGGACAUUUUAGUUAAGCUGAGGGGAAAAAAAGCAGAAUUUCAGGCUUAUUUUUCUUAUUUACUGUGAAGGUAUUCUUCAUUAAAAAUAAAAGUUUAAAAAGAAGAGAGAGAAGAAAUUUCUUGAUUUAGGCUUUCUGAAAGCUGAAGCAUUUUCUCCUGCACCUCUCAGCAGUGACAUCCUCCCUGUUGUACCUGAAACAGAAACCAAGAACAAGAGCUCUUAAUUUGGCAAGUUGACAUUUUUGAAUUUUAAAAAACACAGAAAGUCAGAUCUGUGUACUUAAAGCUGUCACUGAACAUAUGGUUCUCAUAUUUACCAGUCUAAGGUGAUAAAACCUUCCCAAGAUUUCAGACCUUUGUUUCUAAGAAACAACGUAGGAAUGAAAAAAAACAAUGGGCCAUUGUGUUAUUGUGAAAAGAAAAAAAAACAAAAAUUCUGUAUUGUGCAAGAUGACUAUAGCAGUUACUAAACAAAGGAGGAUAGCAGAAACCUUUCACAUAUCGUUUCCAAGAGAAACUAGAGAUUUUGUGAUACUCAGGAAAACUUUAAGCAACACAUUGCUUUAAGAAAAAAAUUCCUCUGACCAAAAGCAGUUCUUUCUUCAGGAGCCCUUCAGUAUGAUCCUUUUUCUCACCAUACUAAAUAUAGAAGUGUCUAAGGGUGUUCAAAAAUGCCUUCAUGCUGAGCUUCUUACAGACACAUCAGUCUGUUCUCAUCUGAAGGAGUUUACUUUCUGAGUGGACAGCAAGGAGGUUUUGUGGGAACAGCAGAACACACAUGAAGAUUGAACAAUAUGUUUACAGCAAAUACCAUGUAGUUCUUAGGUGGGUGCUGUUAUUAUAGGAGGAAAGGAAUACAUUUAUUAAAGAAUGGGACAAACCACAAGGAAAGAACAAGGAAGGGGAAUUGUAGGUGACUUGUGUUUAAGAAUGAUCUGUAGAUAUUGCUUUGAUCUGAAAAUUUUUUUUUUGGUCAGUCAUCUUUUUCCUUUUUCUGUUUCUUAAAUGAUAAUGAGCCAUUAGGACAAACUUAAGUUUUUCCUAACAGAGAAAUUGUAAUAUUUUAAUAUAAGUAAAAGUUCAACACAAUUAAAAGUAGUCCAAGAUACCUAAUUUUGUCCAACCAGAGCAAAAAAAAAAUUGUUUCUCUAGUUGCUCAUUUCAGCAGUGUUUAUAGACUUGAAACUUUUGCAAUAAUUUGUGUUAAUACUUCAGGUAUUCAAUCUAAAUUCCAGAAAAAUAGUUUAUAAAUGUUACUGAGUUUCUGAUUUAAUUUGUUUUGGUGCAAAUUAAGAGAAACACUAUGGAAAAUGGCUCCUUCCCAUUUUCAGUUGAUUUCAUGGCUCAUUCUGCUAAUACCAAACUUAGCUGAGAAAUGUCUAUGGCAUCCUGUAUUUAGCUUUCCCUUUGGUUUUAGAGGACUCUGCUUCUAGCAGCUGAUCAUGUAGUUUGUUCUUGCUUCAGCUUGGCCCAUUAUAACUUUUAGAUUUAAAGCUUCUGUGGACAGAAAUGAGAAAACAGCUAUUUUCUCAUUGUCUCCUCUAUCAAGUGCUGUUGCAGUUUUAUUUUGCUUUCCUUUUAUUUUUUAAAUGGGACUCUUUCCAAAUACUCAUAGCAUUUGGAAGGCUAAAUAAAGUGAAUUGGAAGAAAAGCAUACUUCAUUCUGUUAAGAUGUCCUUUAGGAUCUUAGGAGAAGAUUUCUGUCGUAGAUAAUUCUCAGGGUUGAGAUUUUUAGUCUGUGGUGGAAGGAGUUUUAGGGUCUGGUGAUACAUUCAGAUUCCUCAGAAUUGGAAAUAAUACUCAUCAGCCUAUGAAGCAUGUCUGCAAAUCUGGAAUUUAGUCAAAAAUUCUCUUUCAGAUGGCAAAAAUAUCAAAUAAUAAUGGCUGGGAUCGAUGAGGAACCCACAGAGUAGCUUUUUCUGUCUUUGUUUUCUUCAUAUGUAGCUGCCCUGUUUGUCCAGAAAAUAACUGAAAGCCAAGAGAGUGAAAAUCUCAGGAGUGAAGAGAUUAAUUAAAGUAGCACUAUAUGGGUUUGUUAAAAUUGUAUUUAUUCCUUUGUUUCACAUUAAAAAGCUGGUCUGUGGGUGAUCAUAUUCUCUGCAUCUAACUACCUUAAAUGUUCUGUCACUGAGAUCUGUUCAUCUGCCAUCAACCAGUUCCAGAGGGAUCAGCCUGAAUGUAUGACUUGCCUUUCCCAAUUAAGAAAACACUGCAAAACCAUAUUAAUAUUGCAACUGCUGAAAUAUGUUUUUAAUAUGAAUAUGUAUUUUAUGUGUAAUUUCUUGUCUGU